AUGGCUAGUGGCACUCCAGAUCCAAUGGCGACGGGCGACAGCGACCGUGCUGCCUCGCCGCCAUCUGCGCAAGAACAAAACUCCUUCAUGGAACCCGACGCUUUCGGCGACGGCGACUUCGAAUUUGAAGGUCUGGGCUCGGCUCUUGACGAGCUCCAGCAAUACGCUCAGUUUCCGGACGACGAAGAAGUGAUUGCAGCUGAGCAGAACGGCCAGGAGAUUGACACAGUCAAGUCCGAAACGGGCGACAGCGACCCAGUCGCUCCAUUCGAUAGCUUCGACACUGAGGAUCCGCAACUACAAACAACUUUCGCUGACCUGGACUUCGAUAACGAGAUGACAGAGGCAGGUGACGCGAAUGCCGGCGUGUCUCCACCGAAUCGCGAGUCUGAACGCCCAGCAGAGGCACCACGUCAACUAGACUUCGGCAACAGCAUUCUCGGAAAACAGAAGCAGAAACAGCGUGAAUUGGCUCAACGCCACUGCCGUGGCGCAGAUUCACCAGCAGAAGGCUCCCCAGAACCGGUGAUCUCGCGCCAUGACUCCAUGGAAGCGAUGGGUUCAAUGCCACCGCCGCCGGCUCCACGACUAAAUGACGCCGACAUGGAAGCAGAGUACCAGACUGCGAAAGCCAAUUAUGACAGGAAAUCUAAGGCUGGUACUCUGACCACGGCAGAGGAGAUCGACUUCAUGAAAACCAGUGCUCAUCGUGAUGCACGCCAACGCAAGAUCGAUAUGGAUCGACGCGCCGAUGAAGACAUGUCGCCAGAGCCGGACAACGAGAGUGGCCUCUUUGUCAGCGACACUACAGACCACUUCGUGCCGUACAGCAUGGAGUCUAGUGAUGAUGAAGAUGAUCUAGCAUUCCGAGCCGCCACCAGAACGCGAUCAGGUGGCAAACGCAAAGCCACUGUCGAGGAUGCUGAUGAUGACGAUACCACUACUACUAUGUCUGCCGCUCAGAACGCAAAGAAGCCUCGCAAGAAGUCCGGGCGUCAAACUUUCACGGAUGUCGACAUUGAUGCGGUCUUGAACAAGGCUGACGAGCGACGAAAAGACAAGGCAAAGAAGGGCAAGGGCGCAGGCAAACCUGCAGGAAAGGGCAGCGGGCGUGGGAAGAAACAGGCAGAUUUGACAAACGUGAAAAGUAUGUUUGGAACAAAUGUGUUCAAGGACACCGAGAAGAAUGCCAACCUGCACAACCAACCCAAUUUCAGUGGCACCAAGCGCAAAGCUGAUGCAUUGAAGCAACUCAUUGCUUCCGUACCACAGGAGAAUCGCAAGAUUGCCGCAGCAGACAAGCGCUUCCUCGACGAAGCUUGCAAGUCGUUCAAUGGCACUGGCGCUGUCAAAGCAAGUCCAGAUGGAAAUUGGCUCGUGAAAGGGAUGAGAUCAACCUUGAAGCACUAUCAAGUCCUGGGCACUGCUUUCAUGCGAAAGCGCGAGAACGAGCUUCAUGAGCCCAGAGGCGGCAUUCUUGCAGACGAAAUGGGCCUGGGCAAGACUGUCAUGAUGCUGGCCAACAUCAUCAACGGCAAGUCCUCAAAUCCACAACAGAAGUGCACCCUUAUUGUGGCUAGCCCAGCUUUGUGCAAUCAGUGGGAGGCCGAGAUUCAAAAGCAUACCCUCAGCAAGAACAAUGAUCGUCAUGUUGAGCACGCGAUCAAGCAUGGUAUCAAGGUUGUCGUUCAGCAUCGUGCCGGACAUAGGAUCAGUUCCAACGCCGACAUCGUGCGCGAGCGCAUAGUCGAAGCCGACAUAUGUCUCACUACCUACGGCGAGAUCUGCAAGUCCUAUCCGAAGCCUCAGGUUCCAGCACAUCUUGUCACUGCGGCUCAGAAGGAUGCGUGGUGGAAGGACCACUACGAGAAAGAGAAGGGUGUUUUCCACCGUCUCAAGUUCCAUCGAGUGGUGCUUGACGAAGCUCAGGCGAUCAAGAACCACAAAGGUCAUACGAGUCUCGCGUGCCGGGCAGUGCAGGCUACGCACUACUGGGCCAUUACUGGCACACCGAUCAUGAAUCGAUUGACCGAGUUCUACCCUUACUUCAAGUUUCUUCGCGAGCCAAAUACUGGCUCUUUCCGGAUCUUCAAGGAGAACUUCUGCACACCAGACGAUCCGGAUGGUACUGCUCGGUUGGCUGUGUUCCUUCGCAAGAUCAUGAUCCGCCGCACACAUCUGGAUACCCUAUUUGGUGCGAAGCUCGUGGACUUGCCUCAGCCGAAACAGACUGUGGUCUGGCUAAGCUUCAAUGAGACAGAGCGCCAGAUCUACGAGAUCGUCAGAGCACGCUUCAUUCAGCGGAUCAACACCAUCUCUAAGAACGAGAACGGCGUAUUGGUGCAACAUUACAACCACAUCUGGACCAUGCUUCUUCGACUUCGCCAACUCUGUGCCCACAUAUUGCUUGUCCAGAGUACCAUCGUUGACCUGCUCAAGCGCGAGGACUUUGAGAAGCUGAAUGCACUGUGCCGCCACAAAAUGACGGAAGAUGCAGGCGCUUCCGUCCUCAUCCACCUCCGACAUGUGUUGCAGAAGAGUGUAACAGACAACGAAGAGACCGUGGAAGCGGGAGCUGGUGGCGUUGGCACAGUGGUCCCCGCCUCACAGACUGCGCCGAUCAACAUCGUCGAAUAUGCUGACAGUCUGGGCCUUGCCGGAAGGAAGCAUGGCCUCAGCUACAACUUUGGCAAGUACAUGCAGAAUCUGGCGGAUUCGAGUUCAUUCGAGGAGAUCGAGGCACGUUCCACGUGCAGUGCGUGCCGCCAGCCACCAGAGAACCCGCAUGUCACUUCGUGCUUCCAUAUCUACUGCCUGACCUGCGUCAAUGAGCUGCAACAUCAGGCUGCACGUGCCGGAAGGGAAUGUGCUACAUGCGUCGAGUGCGGCACUGAGUACACCACCGUCGAUCCUUGCGCUCUCAACCCAACAUAUCCGCAGUCCAGUGUGGCUUCUUCCGCCUCUGACGUCCAAUCCUUCACCGGCAGCGGCAAGGGUGCCAAGGGCAGAGGUAAGAAGAGAAAAGACGAGAACGACUGGAUUGGUAUGAAAGGCGACAUCCUCCCAUCCACUAAGACCAUCGCGUGCAAAGCGCAGAUCCUGGAGUGGCUAGGCAAGGAUCCGAGAUGCAAAAUCAUCGUCUAUACCCAGUUCAUGCCCAUCAUCCGCAUCAUGACUAAGGUCUGCUUGCAGGAGCAGUGGAACCAUGUCAUCUAUCAGGGGUCCAUGUCUCAAGACGCCAGAGACGCGGCUAUCAAGCGGUUUGGCGAAAACGUUGAGUGCAACGUCAUGCUCAUGUCUCUUCGAUGCGGUGGCUUGGGUCUCAAUUUGACGAUGGCGCAGCACGUCAUUCUCAUCGACCCGUGGUGGAACUCCGCCGUCGAACAGCAAGCCUUCUGCAGAGUUUUCCGCAUCGGUCAGGAGAAAGAAACGCGCAUGACGCGGUUCGUCGUCGAGAAUACCAUCGACGCCGCCAUGAUGGCCUUGAAGGAGAAAAAGGAGAAAGAAAUCGAUGAAGUCAUGGAGAACCCGCGCCUCAAAGAAAAGCUCACAGUCGAAGAGUUACUGCGUAUGUUCGGGGAAGUUCGUCAUGACGAGGGUGGCCAACCAUUCAUUUUCGCCGAAGGUGUGGAGAAUGAAGAAGACCAUGACAGGUUCCGUGAGGAGGACGACGAGAAUGAGGAGUUCAUUGUUAAUGAAUUUUGA